AAUACCUUUGUAUAAGAUAUAAUGAACGCGCUCCGGUUUAAGAAAUUAAAUUACUUAGCCCUUCAGUUGGCUUCUCGCGCGCAUGGUAGAGAAGCCUCCUUCCUACAUUGUUAUUAAAUCCCAUAAUGAAAUGCUUUUGCUUUUACUUUCGCUUUCUUCUUCAGCUGCCAUCUCUUCUUCUCUGCUGACACAAAUUCCUGAGAGAUGCUGAGUGAGGAGGAGGAUGAUACAUAUUGUUCACUCUUGCCCAUCAACUGCGCCGGGGACGAUUCUGCAGAGGAAUCGGAGAGUGUUAAUGGGGAAGACCAUGAUAACAAGAGCGGGGAUGGAACCGAACGAAAGGGAAAAGAAGAACCUGUAAAAGAACUUAUCAAGAAGAAAUCUGUUCCACAAGUAUUAAAAAUUUUGAGGGAUAGAGUUAAUCGACGGAUAAAGAACGACCAAUUUGCAGGCAUGAAAUCUUAUAUAUGGUUGUUGGGUUUUGUGAUCCGAUACCAAAUUUCAUUUCUCUAUCGACCAAUGGGCCAAACCCUCAAGCAAAUCUUAAGCAAAUGGCCCGCUCGGUCUGACCUGGACAACGUAAAGAUGGAUAUCAAGGUGAUGGAGGACAAGGAACGGCUCAAGGCAAAGCAGUAUAAGAAUGCUGAUGAGAUGAAGAUGGAGGCACUUCCGGGAUUGGAAAAAAUAGAAGAGGACAUUAAGAAAUUAGAUGAAGAGCGAGUAAAGGACUCAGCAAUCACAGCUAAGCUUGCAGAAACCUUCGUUGCUAAGGACAUUAGCUUGAAGACCCUAGAAAAUGAUUUUUCUAAGGCUUUUCCAUGGCUUUUUGGGGAAUCAAGUGCAACUAACGAGGCAGCUGUUGAUCAAUUCCAAGGAAGUCUGCAUAGUGGUAAAGAGUCUGGGCAAGAGAGUGAUUCGGAAGACCCCGAUGACAAGAACCGGAUGACCAGGAGGCAAAGGAAACGGAAAGCUCCCAAAGAAAAGGAAAGAGGAAGAAGCACCAAGAGAAGGCGUGGAACUGAACCAAAGGGAAAAGAUGUCCCUGUAAAAGAACUUAUCAAGGAGAGAUCUGUUCUGAAAGUACUAAAAAAUUUGAGGGAUAGAGUUCAUCGACGGAUAAAGAAUGACCGAUUUUCAGCCAUGAAAUAUCAUAUAUGGUUGUUGGGUUCUGUGAUCCAAUACGAUAUUUCAUUUCCUUCCCAACCAAUAGGCCAAACCCUCAAGCAAAUCUUAAGCAAAUGGCCCGCUCGGUCUGACCUGGACAACAUAAUGAUGGAUAUCAAGGCGAUGAAGGACAAGGAACGACGCAAGGCAAAGCAGUUUCCGAAUGCUGAUGAGAUGAAGAUGGAGGCACUUCCGGGAUUGGAAAAAAUAGAAGAGGACAUUAAGAAAUUAGAUAAAGAGCGAGAAAAGGACUCAGAGAAAACAGCUAAGCUUGCCGAAACAUUCCUUACUAAGGGCAUUGGAUUGGAGACCCUAGAAGAGGAGUUUUCUAAGGCUUUUCCAUGGCUUUUUGGGGAAGCAAGUGCAACUAACAAGGCUGCUGUUGAUCAAUUCCAAGUAAGCCUGCAAAACGGUAAAGGGUCUGGUGAUAAGGACAUCGAAGAUUUAGAAAAGGAACUUCUUAACAAGGACAAUUGCAACGUGGGAUUUUCAAACUUCCCAGGCUUAAAAUAUGCGAAAGACAGUGCUGAAGGUAAUAUUCCAGAUUACCUGAAAUCUAUUGUUAACAAAAUCGAAGACAAACGUGGUGAACCUACAAACGAUGCAUAUCAAAAUAUUCUACUCUUUGUCUCCGCUGCAGUCAAAGAGAUGGGAGAUGUGCCGGUUGAUGAACUCGACAAGCAUAUAUUGCAUAAGUGGGCAGCUACAUAUAACCUGGCUAAGCAAAUGCAGUUCCAAGUGAAAUUUGUUGAAAAUAUGUUGAAGAAAAGAAUUCAUGCUUACUUAAGGUUUUCAAAGAUUAAACACUGCUCGACGGCGGAAAAUGGGUUUGGAAAUUAGAAGUGGUGGCAAAGUCUUGGUGGACAUGAUCACAACUUUUUAAUGGUUUUAUUGUUGUUGUGUUUCUUAUAUUUUAUCUUUCGGAACAUCGGAGUUUGAAGGUUUACGGAUUUGAUUAGAUUACCUUUUAAAUUAUAA